UGAAAUGGUUGGGUGACUCGUUAUUCAACAGGCGGGGGAGUAGGCAGAAUGCCCAACGUUCGGAAAAGUCUUUCGAUUUAUAGAAAGACCCUGGUUGAAUAGACCGCAUGACAAGUAGAAUAGCAAGAGAGUACGGGUCACUUACAUGUAUACGCCCAGUUCCUUUUUACCUCUACAAGAAGAAACUAGUAGCAUUCCAUCGAUUGAAAAAGGUGGACCAUAUCCUAAAGAACUUUAGACUAUACAGCAGUCCAGAAUUAGUCAACGACGAUAACAGAAAUGUUUGGUAAUACAGUGCGAAGACAUGUGACGAUUUCACGCUUUUUCAAUGCUGUGAGCGAUGAACGUCUGUCUUCGGUCUUAGUUGGAGAUCCAUUUUGCAGACUCCGGACACAGAGACCUGUGUUUCAGCGUCCUUUUACUUCGACCACGGAGGGGAUCCAAGGGGUCACUAUACGCCGAGGAAGAAUAGAAGAUGUCCCUGGGGUGUGGCAACUUUCAGAAGAAGCCAUGUGGAAUACACAUCAAGACAUGAUUGAAACCCUCUUCAAAAUGUGUGAAAAUGGCUGGACUGUCGCGGAAAAGGACGGAAAAGUUGUGGGUUGCUGUUUGACACACGACUUUAAUGAUGACCUGACUACAGGGGGUCACUUUAUAGUGUCGCCAAAGAUGCGCGGUUAUGGUGUAGGGGGACAAAUACUGAGAAACAUUGCAGAGGAAUAUGGCGAAAGAAAUAUUCAUUUUAGUUCCAUUUCGUACAUGAUAGAUACAUAUGAAAGAUACAACGGUGCUCCGCUCUCUCGUGGAGACACGGGAGGAAAAUAUUUCGGCGUCUUCAAGGACAUCCCUCUUCCACCGGAUGCCUUACGCAAAUACCAUCUAUCUGACCUGCGCCAAGUUGAACUGUCGGACCUCAUUGAAUAUGAUACGUCAUUCCACGUGGUACCAAGACCGGAAAUGCUGAAGAUUUGGCUUGGCCAAACAACGGCAGAAACGCUCGUCUUGUUGGAGAAGGGAAAGAUAGCCGGUUACGGAUCAAUCAGGCCUGCUAUGAACGGUUUCUACCUUGGACCCCUCUAUGCAGAAAAUACGAUCGGAACCCUGGUUCUCUUCAAGGCUUUGGUGGACCUCAUUCCACGAGAUUCCAACGUCGAUUUUUUUCUGCCACAUGCGAACGAAGCGGGUCAACUGAUUCUGAAGGCCAACGAAAACACCGUAGGUUUGUACGACACUUUUCACAAAUGUGCUAGGAAAAGUUAUAUUCCAGUACUAAAAUGGAAUAAUGUAUUUGCAUUACUCUUUAACGAGUGCGGACUGUGCUAA